AUGGGCUACCAUCCCACUCACUCGCAACAUGAGCACCGUCGCAGUGUACAUUCCUUAGGUGGCAAAGAUGAGGCUAGCGAAGCAAAUUCCUACCCAGAAACAUUCAAUGCGUCCACCGCCUCAGCGUACUCCUCGAUGAUAACAAGACGCUGGGACGACUCCAGAGGAAUUUUGAGCUCGUGGUGUUUCAUUCCUGCGAAGGCGAUCUUCUCUGUUUCGUCAUCUCUACUGUCAAUCCUGACUCCAGGUGAAAGUUCAGCAGAGUACAAUGCAAGACCGACGUCCAAAGUCACGUCCCUUGACGGACUGCGAGGUGUCGCCUGCCUCUUCGUAUUUCACGCCCAUUACGCCUAUUCCUUUGGCAACUGUCUCGAAGAAGCUUCACCUCGGAUCUUGAGCACGAGACUCAUGUAUCAGCCGUUCAUCUCCUUACUCUGGUCCGGAAUCGCCAUGGUCGAUGUCUUCUUCUUCAUCUCCGGAUACGUUCUUGUGUCCAAGCCAUUACGUCUGCUCUACGCGCACAACACCUCGACCGCGCUGUCGUCGAUAUCGUCGGCGGUCUUCCGGCGGGCUUUCCGUCUCUACCUCCCUUCGAUGGCCAUGAUUUUGAUAGCUUCGGUCCUGGCGGGCUUGGGCUUUUUCGACCCCGGGACCGGUUUCUACAACAUGAGACACGACGACGUCAGAGGACCCCAGGAGCAACCGCCCGCUCGGCUUUCUUCCUUGACCGCUCAGAUCUACAGCGGGCUCAAAGAUUGCUAUCGUCUCAUGGACAACACGAUCCCCUGGGGCAAAGCCAACUUCCCUUACGAAAGCGAAGACGCCGCGCGGCCGUCGGGCAUGGUGUACGACCGUCACCUGUGGACCAUUCCGGUCGAAUUCCGAUGCAGCAUGCUGGUAUUUGUGAUGUUGCUCGCGACUUCGCGGAUACGACGGAGGUGGAGACUGGGCGUCCACGUCGCAUUCCUCGUCAACUGUCUUUUCACGGAGCGGUACCCGGAGUCGCUCUUCAUCGCCGGAAUACUGCUCGCCGAAGUCGACACCAGCCACCGCCACAAGUCGAGCAAUUCGACUUCGUUGUCGUCGUCGUCCGGAUCAAAACUCUACGACGACGACAACGACGACAACAUUGGAGCCAAGCUCCCCGGAUCACCGAGUCACCAUAACAGACUAUCGUCCAUCGGACGGAUGAAUGCGUCGUUGACAGGAGGAGGUUCGCGAGACUUGCUGGCCCUCGUCAUGUUCGUGCCCGGGCUGUAUCUCCUGUCCAUCCCGCCCCAGGGGCCCGAUCAAUACCCCGGCUUUGCGGGCCUGGUGAGCAUGGUGCCCGAGUACAUAUGGGCCAAGGAUCGAUUCAUCAGGGCCGUCGGCGCCGUCAUGACCACGUGGCCCGUGGCCAACUCUCCGGUCAUUUCGCGACUGUUCACGAACUCGUUCGCGGCCUACCUCGGCCAGAUCUCGUUUGCGCUGUACCUGGUGCACGGCUCGCUCAUCAAGUCCGUGUGGUACGCUCUCCAGCCGAUCAUGGCCGCCUUCAUCUACCCCGACCCCACGGUCCCCAUGUCGACGCGACAGUUUGUCGACCUGUGGCUGUCCGGGUACGUGGUGAUGCUGACCGUGGUACUUUUGUCCGCCCACGUGUUUUGCAAAGUCAUUGAUGAGCGAUCGGUGGCCUUUUCGCAGUGGCUUGCAGCCAGACUUCAAGACAGUUGA